UGGCCACACUUGCCGGCCGUCCUGCCAACACCCCGGCCAUGGCGUCCGGGCAGGCUGCCCCCUGUGGCCGGGCCGCUCGCUGCCUCUGGCUCCUGGGGGUCCUGCUGCUGACGGAGGGCUCCGCCCGGCCCGCCAACCACUCGUCCACGCGGGAGAGAGCGGGUGGCAGGGAGGAGAAUGAGAUCCUGCCCCCCGACCACCUGAACGGGGUGAAGCUAGAGAUGGAUGGACACCUCAACAAGGACUUCCACCAGGAGGUCUUCCUGGGCAAGGACAUGGACGGCUUCGAGGAAGACGCAGAGCCGCGAAAGAGCAGGAGGAAGCUGAUGGUCAUCUUCUCCAAGGUGGACGUGAACACCGACCGGAGGAUCAGCGCCAAGGAGAUGCAGCGCUGGAUCAUGGCUAAGUCGGCCGAGCACUUCCAGGAGGCCGUGGAGGAGAACAAGGCACACUUCCGCGCCGUGGACCCCGAUGGGGACGGCCGGGUGUCCUGGGACGAGUACAAGGUGAAGUUUCUGGCCAGCAAAGGCUACAGCGAGAGGGAAGUCGCCGAGAAGAUAAGGAACCACGAGGAGCUGAAGGUGGACGAGGAGACACAGGAAGUCCUGGAGAACCUCAAAGACCGCUGGUACCAGGCGGACAACCCCCCUUCAGAUCUGCUGCUGACUGAGGACGAGUUCCUGUCCUUCCUGCACCCUGAGCACAGCCGCGGCAUGCUCAAGUUCAUGGUCAAGGAGAUCGUCAGGGACCUGGACCAGGAUGGGGACAAGCGGCUGUCGCUGUCCGAGUUCAUCUCCUUGCCCGUGGGCACCGUGGAGAAUCAGCAGGGCCAGGACGUCGACGACAGCUGGGUGAAGGAGCGCAAGCGGGAGUUUGAGGACCUGAUCGACGCCGACCACGACGGCAUCGUGACCAUGGAGGAGCUGGAGGAGUACAUGGACCCCAUGAACGAGUACAGCGCCCUCAACGAGGCCAAGCAGAUGAUCGCCAUCGCCGACGAGAACCAGAACCAGCACCUGGAGCCCGAGGAGGUGCUGAGGUACAGCGAGUUCUUCACCGGCAGCAAGCUGGUGGACUAUGCCCGCAACGUGCACGAGGAGUUCUGAGCCCGCCGCCCACCGCUUCCUCGAAGACAGAUCGCGGCAAGAUUAGGCUUUGCUGGAAGCCGGGGCCCUGCGGGGCGGCCCCUGGGGCCGGUAGCCGCGGUCGGUCUCCAGAAAGCGAGAUGCUUGUGACGAGAAGCGCGUUCGUUUACUCUAAAAUACAGCUGCUGCCUUCCUCCAGCUCCGCUCUCUGGUGGAAACCACUU